UAGUACAAGUCUUCAUUUGGCAUGUGAACGUGGCCAUUUUUCUGUCGUUCUUUAUCUCACUAGUCUCCCUCAGUGUAAUAUUUCAGCCACCACUUUAAAUGGAUCUACAGCACUUCACAAAGCCUGCAUGUGCAGUGAAUCUUUUCCAAUAAUCAAGCACCUGGUUGAGAAUCAUCAGUUAGAUCUGUGUGCUGUUAAUGAUGAUGGAAUCGCUCCUAUUCACAUGGCAUGUAGGAAUGGAAGAUUGGACUCUGUCAAGUACAUUAUAGAGCAUUCACCAUCACUACUUGAACUGCCUGAAAGUGUUCACGGUCACACUCCAUUCCUUAUUUCAGUAAUGUACAAUCAGCUAGAAGUGGUUCAGUAUCUUAUUGGUAAAAAUUGCAAUCUCUCUGCUUCUGAUAAUAAAGGCUCCAUGUCAGCUCACAUAUCAGCAAACAAUGGUCGUUUAAAUACAUUAGAGUAUCUUGUUGAUAAUAAUUAUUGUGAUCUUAAUACAACCAAUCAUCAAGGACAUACACCACUUCAUGUUGCUGUACUAGCCAAUCGAUUUAGAAUGAUUGAAUAUUUACUGAACAAGACAAUUCCUUCUGUGGCUGUAGAUUGGCUUUGUGGAGUCAAAUAUUCAUUAGACAGUCCUCAAGACUUGCACACUACUAACCUUCAUAUUAGUGCACAAGACAAAGAUGGUAACACUCCUCUUCAUCUUGCUUGUCAAAAGGGAAAAAAGAAAAUUGUGUCACUGUUAGUAAAAUUUUGCCACUCCAGCAGUUAUUUUUUAAUUCCUAACAAAAAAGGAGAGACACCAUUACACUUGGUAGCUGCUGUUGGUAGUAAUGAUGCUGCAGAAGCUUUGCUUCUUUCAGUCAAUGGCUCUCUCCGUAGUGAGCUCUUUACUGCUCGUGAUAAUGAAGGAUGCACUGUGUUUCAU